UUCCAUCGCCGCCGAACAAUGGGGAACUCUGCCUCGACGCCUGCCGCGCCGCCUGCCGCUCCUGCUGCCGCCUGCCCCGUCAAGCACGAGGCUCCGGCGCCUGCUGCCCAAGGCGGCUGCCCCGUCAAGCACGACGCUCCGGCGGCCGAGGGCGGCUGCCCCGUGAAGAAGAAGGGCCCUGUCUACAACGUGUACAACCAAGAGAUCGACCCGACCAACAUGAUGCCUGUCAAUCCGAACCAGGAGCCCAAGGACGGGCAAAAGUACCCGCUCGACACGAACCGCGUCCAGUCGACCAUUCCCAAGGGCGGCACCGAAGGCACGUGGUCGUACCCGUCGGAGCAAAUGUUCUUCAACGCACUCAAGCGCAAGGGCAAGGGCGAGGACGUGCACGAAGGCCACAUCAACACGAUUGUAAGCAUCCACAACAACAUGAACGAACGCGCUUGGGAGCAGGUCGCGGCCUACGAGGAGAUGUGCCACCCGGGCUCCGAGACGAAGCUGCUGCGCUUCAUGGGCCGCCCCGACGACUUGACGCCCCUCGCACGCCUCAAGCUCCUUCUCGGCCAUGGCAAGCCGUUUGACCGCCACGACUGGAUCGUCGUCCGUAAGGACAACACCGAAGUCCGCUACGUCAUUGACUACUACUUUGACGAAGACAAGACGGCGGAGGACAAGGUGCCCGAGCUCCACGACGCGACGAGCGUCAAGUCCAUCUCGAUGUACGCGCGUCCGGCCAUUGACGACAUUGGCAGCCUCGUCGACCGCAUCAAGUACCCGAUCCUCGACUUUUUGAGCGGCCAGCGGACGCCCGUCUUCCCCAAGCCGUCGGCGCCGCAGGACGACGAGCCCGCGGUCACGGACAAGCUCUCGGUCGCCGAGGUUGAAGCGACGUUUGGCAAGAUCCAGGCCAAGUGCCAGAGCUGCUUUGUCGACGUCAAGACGUGCGACUCGGACGAAAAGUGCGAAGCCGCGGCGACCGCGCUGCAGUUCUGCAUGGCCACGAUCUUAUGCCAGCCGCAGGCCGCGCAGUUCUCUGCCGCGCUCCCCUCGGGCGACGACGCCAAGAUGCAGGCGGCGUACGAGGCCAUGGGGGCGUGCGUCGAGUCCUUCGAAGACCGCGCGCGCGAUGCCAUGGCGCUCCAAGCGCGCCUCGCCCUCGAGAAGAAGAGCAACGAAUCGUAGUGUAGUAGCAUUGUAUAGACCGCUUAGCAAACAACCAUCUCUACGCGUGUGUGUUGCGCUCACAUCUCGUCCAAGU